CUUUUAGACAUUAAAAUUCACAGAGAAAUUGGGUGAACCAGAGAGCAGAGAAAAUUGAAUGCAAACAUAUUUUUGGAAUUGAAGUUGGUGUAGUUAAUGAAAGCACAGUUGAUGCAGAAUUACAGAACCAACAGGAUUCAGGGUUCACAUUAAAUUCAGUUUCAGUACUCUCAGAGAGAUAGAGAGAGUGAAAAGAGGGAGUGAGAUAAAAGGUUGGUUGCAACUGUAUUUCACUGUUUAGUUGGUUUUACCUUGUUCAGAAUUAUAUACUACUACUAUAUCCAUCUUCUUCAUAAAGUUAUUGUUUCCCACUUCCUUCAACACUCUUCCAGAAAUCUUCCGUGGGGAUUUUGGAUCUGGGGUGUUCUUAAUUUUUGAUUUCUGUUUCUGGGUUUCCUUUGUUUUUUUGUUUUUCAAUUGGUGGGGUUACAGUCACACUUUUCGAUUUAAUUUAGGGUUUCAGUUGGUCAAAAUUGAGAUUUUUAUGGAUGGUUGUUGAAUUUUAGUUGCAGGUUUAGUGGGUUGUUGUUGCAAGGUAUCUAGAAUUCAAGGGUUUCUUUUUCUCUCUGAUUAAAAAGUGUAAAGAGAAGAAGAAUCUCUUGGUAGUUUAAUUGGUUUGAAUAUCUUUUUGUUGGUUUAAAGUAAAGUCUUCCUCUGAAUAUCUCAAGUUUUCCCACUCCAAAUUUUGAUUUUUGAUUAAAGCACAUUCCUUCUGCUGUGCAUUGUUUUGGGACCAUUGAGGGGUUUGAAUGAUUUUCAAACAAGUGAGUGAUUUUUCAUUUGCAUUUUCAUUACUAUCUUUGAAGUUUUGAGGAGGCAGAAGAAGAUGCAUCCAUGCAUUUUUCAAUAUGGAAGAAAAUAUCUCACUGUGCUGCAAAAAUACUAGACAAUAAGAAGAAAACCAAGAAGAAUAAGAAAUCUCAAAUUAAUAGAGAUGGAGAGAACAAGCUUAGGGAAGCAUUGGAAGAAGCUUCAGAAGAUGGGUCUCUUGUUAAGUCAAAAGUCAUUGUGGAUCAAGAAUCAGCCUCUAACCAAGCUGGGAAUAACAACAUAGUAAGAUCAAGAUCAUUUGCUAGACUUGAAACUCAAAAUGAAUUUCUUAGAGCUACAUCUCUUGCGGCUGAACGAACAUUCGAGACCGGGGACUCAUUACCUAAUCUUCAUGAAUGUUUCUCAAAGUUUCUCACAAUGUACCCAAAGUUUCAAUCUUCUGAGAAAAUUGAUCAGUUGAGGUCUGAUGAGUAUGGGCAUCUUUCAGAAUCUGGUUAUAAGGUAUGUCUUGAUUACUGUGGAUUUGGGUUGUUUUCAUAUCUUCAAAGUCUUCAAUAUUGGGAUUCGAGUUCAUUUAGUCUAUCUGAGAUAACUGCAAAUUUGGGUAAUCAUGCUUUAUAUGGUGGUGCUGAAAGUGGCACUUGUGAGUAUGAUAUAAAAUCUAGGAUCAUGGAUUACUUGAACAUACCUGAAAGUGAAUAUGGCCUUGUUUUUACUGUUAGUAGAGGUUCUGCUUUUAAAUUGUUAGCCGAAUCAUAUCCAUUUCAAACAAACAAGAAACUGUUAACCAUGUUUGAUUAUGAGAGCCAGUCUGUCAAUUGGAUGGCUCAGAGUGCUAAAGAGAAGGGUGCAAAAGUUUACAGUGCUUGGUUUAAUUGGCCAACCAUGAAACCAUGUGCCCAAGAGCUACGGAAGCGAAUGUCCAACAAGAAGAGGAGGAAAAAGGAUUCUGCAACUGGUCUUUUUGUGUUCCCUGUUCAGUCCAGAGUUACUGGGGCCAAGUAUUCUUAUCAGUGGAUGGCAUUGGCACAGCAGAACAAUUGGCAUGUUUUACUGGAUGCUGGGUCUUUAGGUCCCAAGGAUAUGGACUCGCUUGGGUUGUCAUUGUUUCGGCCAGAUUUUAUCAUCACUUCAUUUUACCGAGUAUUUGGAUCUGAUCCAACUGGAUUUGGUUGCCUUCUUAUAAAGAAAUCUGUGAUGGCAAGUUUGCGGAACCAAAGUGGAAGUGCUGGUUCUGGAAUGGUAAGAAUUGUCCCAGUCUUCCCGCAGUAUUUGAGCGACUCCAUCGAUGGCUUGGAUGGUUUGAGAGGAAGGGAGGAUGAUGGAAUCACUGCUGAUGAAGAAAUGAUGCCAGAAACCCACAAAGGGUCGCAGUUGCCUGCUUUUUCUGGUGUGUUUACUUCUGGUCAGGUAAGUGAUGUCUUUGAAGCUGAGAUGGAACACGACGACAGUUCUGACAGAGAUGGGGCAAGCACAAUAUUUGAAGAAACUGAGAGUAUUUCAAUAGGUGAUAUGAUGAGGAGUCCAGCUUUCAGCGAAGAUGGGUCUUCAGACAACUCUUUGUGGAUUGAUUUGGGUCAUAGUCCUUUUGGAUCUGAUCAUUCCGAGACUUUGGGCAAAUCAAAACUGGAUUCUCCAUUACCUCCUCCAUGGUUUAGCAGCAGGAAACACCAUAACCGAAUCUCUCCCAAACCUAUCUAUGACGACAACCGGCUAAACCUUGGAGCACAUGAAGACGGAGUCCUCUCUUUUGAUGCGGCUGUUUUAUCUGUCUCACAGGAACUGGACCAUCUCAAGGAAAUUCCUGAGGAGGAACUAUAUGCAGAAACAGAUUCAGUUUUUAAAAAGAACAUAAAGGAUGCAAAUUUUGAGCACUUCAGUGAGAUUCAGGAAGAACCCACAAUCAGAGAGUCAACAUCUGGGUCCAAGUCCAAUACUGCUCUAAAUCAAGUAGGCAAUAAUGGAAAGGGGUCAAUCUCUGAGAUAUGCCAAGAAAAAGAAAGUGCAAUAAAAAGAGAAACAGAAGGUGAAUUUAGGCUUUUGGGAAGGAGAGAUAACAAAUUUGCUGGUGGGGGUAGAUUCUUCGGCGUGGAGGAUAAUGAACGUGCUAUAAGCUUCGGCCAGAGGGUGUCUUUUAGAGUGGAUGAAAACCAGAAAGAACGUCUGAGCAAUACUUUGGAGUCAGGAGAAGUUUCUGGGAUCUUUGAUGAUGAUUCAGUAAUUGACGAAGAAGAAUAUGAGGAUGAGCAAGAAUGGGGCAGGAGAGAGCCUGAAAUAAUAUGUCGGCAUCUUGAUCAUGUUGAUAUGCUGGGCCUCAAUAAAACAUCUCUCAGAUUGCGUUAUUUGAUCAAUUGGCUUGUUACUUCGUUGCUGCAGUUGAGGUUUCCCGGUUCAGAUGAGAACAUGGGCACUCCUCUUGUCCAGAUAUAUGGCCCUAAGAUCAAAUACGAAAGGGGUGCAGCUGUAGCAUUCAAUGUGACAGAUGGUAGUGGUGCACUGGUUCACCCUGAAAGUGUUCAAAGACUGGGCGAGCAAAAUAACAUCUCUCUAGGUAUUGGUUUUCUUAGUCAUAUUCAGGUCGACGAUCCAAAACAACGCGCAAAUGGGGGACAUGGGAAGGAAAAGGCAUUUGCUCGGGUUGAAGUGGUGACAGCAUCUCUCAGCUUUCUCACAAAUUUUGAAGAUGUGUAUAAGAUGUGGGCUUUCACUGCGAAGUUUCUUAAUCCAAAUUUCAUUGAAUGUGAAGAACUAUCCAGUGUUCCAGAAGGUUCAGAAACAUAAUAUUUUUGAGGUCGGUAGUAUGUGCAUUUUGUUUCUACGGUUAGGAAGUUUGUUAUUAUUUUUCUUCUUGUGCAGUUUGUUCCAUUUCUGCUUAUUCCACGAGAGAAUUAUAAUGUCAGUUGGCUAAUUUGUUCAUUUUUAUUUAAUUUUUUCCUCGCUCCUUUCGAAUGCAAUUUUCCUCAUUUCCUUCUAUUCUUUGUCCUGUCUUCUCCUUUGAUAUGUUCAGGUGACGUUACUGAUUGUAUAUUUCAUGUGAUUGAGAAAUUUAGUUGCUA